UGGAGCAGGUAGCGUCCAUGUCACUGGCUAGGCUUGGGGGCCAAGGGCCAGCUAAACAGAGCUGGGCCUCUGGGGGGGCCACAGGGCCCCUGGGCACUCAGAGAGACCUUCCCAGGCCCCCGAAGCAACGUGGUUAGCCCCAAAGAUGCCAACCAACGGACUGCACCAGGUGCUGAAGAUCCAGUUCGGCCUUGUCAACGACGCCAGCCGCUAUCUGACGGCAGAGAACUUCGGCUUCAAGGUGAACGCCUCGGCGUCCAGCCUCAAGAGGAAGCAGAUAUGGGUCCUGGAGCCUGACCCAGGGCAGGGCACGGCCGUGCUGUUCCGCAGCAGCUACCUAGGCCGCUACCUGUCAGCAGGAGAAGACGGACGCGUGGCCUGCGAGAUGGACCGGCCAGGCCGAGACUGCCGCUUCCUGGUCCUGCCGCAGCCUGAUGGGCGCUGGGUGCUGCAGUCAGAGCCACACGGCCGCUUCUUUGGUGGCACGGAGGACCGACUGUCCUGCUUUGCCACAGCCGUCUCCCCCGCAGAGCUCUGGACUGUGCACCUGGCCAUCCACCCGCAGGCUCAUCUGCUGAGUGUGAGCCGCCGGCGCUAUGUGCACCUGUGCCUGCAGGAGGGCGAGAUGGCAGCAGACGGGGACAUGCCGUGGGGUGUGGAUGCGCUGCUCACCCUCAUUUUCCGGGGUAGGCGGUACUGCCUCAAGUCUCACGACAGCCGCUACCUGCGCAGCGAUGGUCACCUGGUCUGGGAACCCGAAGCCCGCGCCUGCUACACACUAGAGUUUAAGGCAGGCAAGCUAGCCUUCAAGGACUGCGACGGCCGCUACCUGGCACCCGUGGGGCCUGCUGGCACCCUCAAGGCUGGCCGCAAUACCAGGCCCGGCAAAGAUGAACUCUUCGACCUAGAGCAAAGCCACCCACAGGUGGUGCUGGUGGCUGCCAACCACCGCUAUGUCUCCGUGAGGCAAGGAAUCAAUGUCUCGGCCAAUCAGGAUGAAGAACUGGACCACGAGACCUUCCUGAUGCAAAUUGACCAGGAGACAAAGAAGUGUAUUUUCUAUUCCAGCACUGGUGGCUACUGGACCCUGGUCACUCACGGGGGCAUUCAGGCCACAGCCACUCAAGUUUCUGCCAACACCAUGUUUGAAAUGGAAUGGCAUGGCCGGCGAGUGGCUCUUAAAGCCAGCAACGGGCGUUAUGUAUGCAUGAAGAAAAACGGGCAGCUGGCCGCCAUCAGCGACUUUGUGGGCGAAGACGAAUUGUUCACCCUCAAACUCAUCAACCGACCCAUCCUGGUGCUGCGGGGCCUGGAUGGCUUUGUCUGCCACCGCCGGGGAUCCAACCAGCUGGACACCAACCGCUCCACCUAUGAUGUCUUCCACCUGAGCUUCAGGGACGGCGCCUAUCAGAUCAGAGGUCUUGGAGCUGGGUUCUGGUACGUUGGCAGUCACGGGAGCGUGUGCAGUGACGGCGACCUGGCGGAGGACUUCCUCUUCGAGUUCCGAGAGCGUGGCCGCUUGGCCAUCCGUGCCCUCAGUGGCAAGUACCUGCGCGGCGGUGCCUCGGGGCUGCUGCGUGCUGACGCAGACCUGCCUAUGGCGGAAGCGCUCUGGGAAUACUGAGGACUCGCAGGGGACCGACCCCUGGGCACCACCGACCUAACAUUAAACCUGUGUUGCGCAGCUGCGGUGGGCUUGUGCCACACCCAGCUUGGUAACGGGAAGGGUGCGCA